AUGCAGGGUCCCCAACAGCUUCAAAGAGCCUCAGUUUUGUGUUACCAUUGGUAUUCUGGAAUGCAGAACGAAGUGAUCCACCUGAGAACAUGUUUAAGAUUGCUUGCUUCUUUCGCCUGGGGGAGAUUCCCGAAACACUGGUCGGCUUGCGCGGGCUGGGUGGUCGAUCAAAGGCAUGAAAAAGCAAUUGCUCAAUUGUUGCACAUUGCGGAGAAAGCCAUGAAGGCUGGGAAGGGUGUCACCGAGAGACAUCUGGGAGAAGAUAACAAAGGAAUGAAAGUACGACUUCAAAUGUCCCAACAGAUGGGAUAG